AUGUCAGCAGAUUAUUGGAGUUCAUCGCAGAGAAAUCAAUGGCAACUCACAAGGUACACCCUACUUGAAGCCAGAAGGAAGGUCAUUUAUCUUGAACGUAAAAUGGUUCAAAACGGACUUAUAAAAGACUACCCAAACAUAAACUACGAUUAUAACAUGCGAAUAUAUCUUCACAACUUAAUGCUUAAGCUAGGGCGUCGAUUAAAUGUACGACAAGUUGCCAUUGCCACGGCAGAGGUUUACCUCAUGCGAUUCUUGACUCGAGUCAGUUUAAAAGAGAUUAAUGUUUAUUUACUCGUCACCACUUGUCUAUACGUGGCUUGUAAAAUAGAAGAAUGCCCGCAACAUAUUCGUUUGAUUGUGCUGGAGGCAAGAAAUUUAUGGCCAGAGUAUAUACCGCAAGAUGUCACCAAAUUGGCGGAAUUUGAAUUCUAUUUGAUUGAAGAAAUGAAUCUGUAUUUGUUAUUGCACCAUCCAUAUAAAUCGCUCUUACAGUUAAAGCAUUAUUUCGAACAGAAGUAUGAUGUGUAUGGUUUCAAGUUGACGGAUGAGGAGCUACAAAAUUCUUGGAGUUUGAUUAAUGAUAGUUAUAUUACAGACUUGCACUUGUUGUUGCCACCACAUAUAAUUGCCAUUGCCGCAAUUUAUAUUACCAUAGUAUUGAAGAAAAACAUGUCGCAGUUAAAGAAUAAAGAGGAUAUUGGCGGAGGUGCAGUGGGUAACUCUACCAAUCGCAAUUCAACCAGUGUGGACAUCGGUAUUUCACACUCAGGUUACAUGCAAAACCCAAACAGUAACAGACCCGAUACCACUGUUGCUGGUGCUUUCGACAGGAGCGAGAGCACAUCUAAUAAAGAAUUGAAUAUUGAUGAUUUGAUGAAUUUAUCAAAGCCUAGUAGCCAAGAGAAUGGGGACAUGGCAAAGUCGACAGAGGUGUCGCCACUGAAAAAUGGUAAUAAUGCACAGUCUACAAGUCACCAACAACGAGGCAGUGUAAGCCAGACACAUCAUCAGCAAACAACCAAGUCAAACCACACAGCACAGGACUUGGUUAAUUUCGACUUGGACAUAUUAGACGAAGAGACAAUUAGAAUAAACAAGUUUAUGAAUUUCCUAGAACAUUCGCAUAUUAAUCUUGAUGAAAUUGUUGAAGCAGUUCAGGACAUGGUCAAUGUAUACGUAUUGUGGAAUAGGUAUAACGAGCAGUCAGUUAGGAAGGCAUUGCAAGUAAUGUUGUGGAAGAGAUGA